AUGGCAGAUGCAUCAAGAGACGAGGAGAUGAAGGAUGAUGUGGAGCCAGACAACAAGAGGAGGAGACCAAGAAGUCGCUCGAUUGAACCACGUGAUGAUGGACGACCCAUCUCAAAACGUCGACGUUCUUUAUCACCAAGAGAUCGAAGAGGAGGGUAUUGGGAUUCGCCUGGUGGAUACAAUGGAUACAAUAAUCGAUUUGAUGAGUACUCGUAUGAUGGCUACGGAUACUCGCGUGGUGAAAGAGCUCCUGAUCCAUAUAAGAUAGAGCAUGUCGUCUCGUUCAAACACUUUGCUGAAUGGGAACGAGGCAAGGGUGGCAAACGUAUAGAAGAUGAUGAAAUGAGACGUCGAUAUGAUAUAUACAAGGAAAUCACUGCUCGAAGGCAAACACAGAAGUUUUAUGAUCAACACAAGCAUGAAGAAUGGUAUUAUAACCGUAUUCCACAACCAACUUACGACUCACCCAACUUUUUUGCUACCAGGUUUUACGAAAAGUACAAUGCAGCAUUAUGUGGUCCAUUCCGUGAACGAGUGAAAGAACGUAAAACGGAAGUCUACCGCUUCUUCAAAGAAGAUUUGGAAGCUGGCAAGCUGGAUUCUAUUAGUUUCGAUCAAGUAUUCAUAGAUCUUACCUCCAAGACAGACACAACCGAGCAACAAUCUUCGCCUGUAAAAGGAAAUGGUGAAGCGAAAGCCAUAGAUGAGGAGCUGGCAGAUGCUGUGGAAGCACCAGCUGAUAAGCCAACAGAACUUGAUACUGAAAUGAAGGAGGCAACUUCUGCUACUGCCCCAACGCAACAAAUACAACCGCCAGUACAACCGUCAAUAUCUGCAAAUGAAUUCAUAGUCGCAGAUCCUCGAGUUGGUCAAUCACUCUUUAUUCGAUCCGUUCCUCCAAAUUUCAAACGAGCUGAGAUUGAAGAGGUUUUGAAAACAUAUCCUGGAUUCAAAUACCUGGAAUUGAGCGACCCAAAUCCACAAAAGAGAUAUUCGAGGUUUGGUUGGAUCGUAUUGCAAGAUGACUCAAAUCCAGAAGAUGCGAUGAAAGUCCUCUCUGGAAAAAAGGUGUACAAGCUCGCGGGUGAUCCUGAGCCAAAACAAGCAGACGGCGAGCUACCAUUGACUGAAUUCACUCUUCAUGUCAAUGUAUCUGCACCUCAUGCUAAUAAACCUCGACCAAUUCCCAUUGAAUCCAAUAAUUUGGGUCGCAUCCAAGAUGAAGUAAAAGUAGCACGUGAUUUGGCUCGAGUCUUGGAUGAAGAGAGUGGAUUUAAGCCGGAAGAUGGUGAUGGGGUAAUUAUUGUGACCAACCGUCUUGAUGUGAUCCUAGGUCCUGACGUCGAAGAGCCAGACACGGAAACGAAAUUGAACAGAGCCAAAAAGGACUUGGACAUGCACAUAGAGUAUUUGAAACGAGUCCACUUUUACGACUUUUAUACGUGUAUCGAAUGUGAUUCUCCCGAAGACUUUCUACGACGAGUAGCUGUAAGUCUUCGACGAGCACCUGACCCAGCCACCUCAGCCGAGCAACAAAAUAAUCCCAAUUACAUUCGCUUCCUUGAAAGACUUGAUACCCGACAUAAACAUCGAAUCACCAAGCCUGCGGAAUCGGAUUAUAUUCGAGCAUCAGGUGGUAAAGAAAUCGAAGCUGAAAUUGACAAGUCACUCAAUGCCACCAUUGGUAAAGUCGAGGAUAGUAAAUUCCGAUGUCUGGUGUGUACAAAGCUCUUUAAAGGAGACGAGUUUGUACGUAAGCAUAUUCGAGUAAAGCAUGGAGAGGUAGUUGAAAAGACGAAAGCAGAAUUUAUAAUCAUCAACAAUUAUGCUCGUGAUCCUAAUCGAGUACAUGAGAAUGAUCCACCUCGAGUCGAAGGAACACGAUUUGGAGGACCACCACCAUCAUCAGCGUCAUAUGGGAAUUACUCAAGUCAAGGCGUUGCUGGUAUUAAUGGAUGGAAUGGCGUGGCUGCUGAUGGUGGGUUCUUUGAUGGUGCAUAUGCAGCACGAGGAUCUCCCUAUAUUCGUGGAAGAGGUCGUGGAUACAAUGAUCGUGGGGGCCGUGGACGUGGUCGUGGCCGAGGAAUGGCUAUGGCUGACAUUCCACCCCCUGUUGGAGCAUAUGUCGAUCCGCGAGAACGUGUCAGCUACGUUGACUUGGAUGCACCAGCCUCAGGCGGUGAUGUAAACAUUAGUUAUGAAUGA